ACCGAGGGGUGGGCGGGCUGUAGGCCGGAGACCCGGCAUCCGGUUCCGGUGGGCUUCUCUUGGUCCUCUGCUGUGCUACGUGUCUUUGGCGUCGUAAGUGGCGGAGAGGCAGUCAAUCAUGGAUCAGGUGAUGCAGUUUGUUGAACCAAGUCGGCAGUUUGUGAAGGACUCAAUUCGGCUGGUUAAGAGAUGCACCAAACCUGAUAGAAAAGAAUUUCAGAAGAUUGCCAUGGCAACAGCAAUAGGAUUUGCUAUAAUGGGAUUCAUUGGCUUCUUUGUGAAAUUGAUCCAUAUCCCUAUUAAUAACAUCAUUGUUGGUGGCUGAAUACCUUUUUGCAAGAGUCUGUUUUUCAUCUUGGGGAUUGGUGAACAAGUGAGAGUUUGAGGAGCUCAUGGAAUAAAAAUUUGCCUGUGUAUUUUGUUUUUCUUCUAUUUUUUUCUUCCAAGAUGUUUUCUAUUUCUAAAUUAAAAUAAUUUCAAAAUAAAA